UAAUAAUUAUAACCUGUUUUUGUACGUCGUUAUCACGUGACCAGUGCAUACAACGCGCUUUCAACGAACAAGCAUUUGUUGUAGACUUCCUCAGACUUCCUCUAUCUGUUUCAGCUCGCCCUAGGCCAACCCGUCUCCAACGCCCAUUUCUUCUCCCAUUAUUUACCCAACCAUAAAUCCAACAGCUGCCGAUGGACUCUCGAAGACCCGACAUGAAGAAGAAGCUGGUAGUGGUUGGAGAUGGCGGAUGCGGAAAGACUUGUCUCCUCAUCGUAUAUGCAGAGAAUAGAUUCCCUGAGUCUUACAUACCCACCGUGUUCGAAAACUAUGUCACGCAAAUCCAAUUCGAUGGCAAACUGGUAGAGCUAGCACUCUGGGACACGGCAGGACAGGAAGAAUACGACCGACUACGACCAUUAUCAUAUCCCGAAUCUGACGUCAUCUUGAUCGUUUUCUCUAUCGAUUUUCCAGUCUCCCUUGGAAACGUGCAAGAUAAGUGGUACCCUGAAGUUGCCCACUUUUGCGAAGGAACACCUCUUAUCCUGGUUGGAACCAAGACUGACCUGCGGCGGGAUGAACAAACGCGACGCAUGCUUGGCGCACAGGGUCAAGUGCCAGUAACACCUGAACAAGGUGGAACAGUGGCACGGGAAAUCGGGGCCAAGUACGUUGAGUGCUCAGCCAAGACGGGAAGCGGUGUGCAGGACGUGUUCAACCUUGCACUGCGAGAGAGUAUGAAGGGGCGGUGGGGGAAGAUGGUGAAGCAACGGCGCUGUGUGAUCGUGUAGGGGGUGAUCGGUAAACAUGUGGACGCGUUUUAUUGGUUGGGGUGGGUAU